GAAGGCUAAAUUCCACGUGCGCUUGAAAUAUACAAAGGGGCUCGUCAUGGACAACGACACCUGCAUCGAACUUUCACACGUGAUUUCGACCUCCGCGCUUCGAAACCUCUCCAACAAGUAUCGGGACAGUGCGUCAACUAUCGAGUCCAUAUGCGCCCAGUUCAGACUCUUUGGCGCUGUCUUCAAGAAGCUCGGGACUGUCUCGCGUCGAAAAAGGUGUUCCAUCGAACCACAUUUCAGCGAUGAGCCUGAGCUCAUCAAGGACCAUUCCGGACCAAUAGGGUAUUAUCUGGCUCGGCGACCUGCAUUCCUUCUAUCCUACCUCUUUUCAAGGAAUGUCUUGCCGCCUGGAAGUGGAUCAUCCCAAGACUCACAGAUAAACACCGUCCUCCCCGCUGCACCACCGCAGCCAGCGCAGGAAGCGCCGCAGGAGCAGUCAAGCGAACACAAGAACCUCGAUGAUCGAGACCAAAACCCCCCAGCUCUGAUAGAAGAAGGCCCUAGCAUCGAAGAGCCAGGAGACGACCACAACCGUGACCCGGAAGCCAUCCCAACCACCCCACCAGAAGCAGAAGCCCUCGAGCGCCCCUUCGGCGAAGAGUACGACCCCAGCAACGCGCCCUCCCCCCGAUGGGCCGACACCAACAUCGUCGAGCUCGCCUAUGACCCCUCCGCGCCCAAGCGCGCCAAAGUAAACACGCGGGAGAUCGACCCGCACCCCGAAGCCAGGGCCGGGAACCUGGCCUAUAGCCCAGAUCAAGACCCUCGGUCUGUGGUUGACCCAAGCACGGAUUUGGCAGGUAUCCCGCUCGAGCAGGGCCAGCUGUGGUAUCAGUGCGUGUAUUGCGAGAAGUUUGUGAAGAUCAGGACGAUCGAUGGGAUUGUCGAGGGGGAGUGGAGAGUGCGAGAAAGUCUGAAGUGCAGGAAUUGUGGCUGUAAGGCUAUGUAUAAGGUGAGGACGAGGAGGAUGGUGCAGUUUGAUACGAGUUGA